UCGAUUCAUUUUUCCCGCCAUGGAGGCCAUGGAAAUCGACUCAGAGAAACAUCUUCAAAGAAAACAAUCCAUAUACCGUGUUGCGGAUGAGAAGUAUGAGAUUCACAAGGAGACCUACAGGGGGCAGCAGUACAGUCAGAUAUACUUUGCUCGGCUGCACCUGAUGAGAACUCUCCUCCACUCCCUUGUUCAUGACUGGAAACCCCAUUUGCCCGUUUGUACCGUUUUGGGACUGGAAGAAGGCAAGGAAUGCAUCAUUGUUGGAACUUUGUACAAGCACAUGAAACUCAAACCUACUGUUCUUGAUGAGUACUCAAAGGAGAGGUCUGUGAUCCCACUUGUCAAGCCUCAUAAUUUUGUGCACCAAGAUGACCAGCUGGUUUUGGAAGAUGAAAGUGGAAGAGUUAAGCUUGGUGGGACAGUAGUUUUGCCUUCUGUUUAUGUGACAGGGGUUGUGGCUGCUCUGCAUGGAAAGGAAACUGCUGCUGGUGACUUUUUGGUUCAGGAUAUACUAGAAGCUGGCCUACCGUCCCAGAUAGAGCUUCCACUUAGUUCAAGAGAAGACAAGUACGUGGUUUUUAUAUCAGGGCUAAGUGUUGGGAGCAAUACAUCUAAUCCUCUUCAGUUUCAGCUUCUUGUUGACCAUAUAACAGGACAUUUAGGGGAUGAGCAGGAACAAAGUAUUGCAGCACAGAUCGUUCAUGUUGUAAUUGCUGGGAAUUCUGUUGAAAUUGCUCAUGGACUUCUUAAUGGACAGAAUCUGGCUUUGAAAGAUCAAUCUAGGCUGUCUGAGCCAAUCAAAGAGUUGGAUAUCUUGUUGACUCAGAUUGCAGCUGGUGUACCUUUGGAUAUCAUGCCAGGACCCAAUGACCCUGCAAACUUUUCCUUACCACAGCAGCCUUUGCAUAGAUGCCUUGUCCCAGGGUCUUCAACUUAUAAUACAUUCAGGUCUUGUACUAAUCCCCAUAGCUUUGAGCUUGAUGAAAUCAGAUUUCUUGGAACAUCAGGUCAGAACAUUGAUGAUCUUGAAAAGUAUUCAGAGGCAAAAGAUAAGCUUGAAUUUGUGGAAAGGACAUUAAGGUGGAGGCACCUAGCACCAACAGCACCUAAUACCCUUGGGUGCUAUCCUUUCACCGACAAGGAUCCUUUCCUGAUUGAGGAUUGCCCUCAUGUUUACUUUGUUGGCAAUCAGGAUAAAUAUGAAACUCGUUUGUUUAAGGGAUCAGAGGGGCAGCUGGUAAGACUCAUUUGCAUUCCUAGAUUUUCUGAGACAGCAGUUGCCGUUGUGCUAAACCUGAGAAAUCUUGAAUGUCAUGCCCUCAGUUUUGGGACACAAUUCAGCUCAUAGCCCUGAGGCAAGUGGUGACUGGUGAGAGGUUCGGCAGAAUGCUUCUUAUAGGCUCACAGAAAGCUUUUUGAUUCAGGUUUUUAAGAAUGGGCAUCUUAAAGAAUGUGACAGUGCAGGAGGGGCUGGUCUCUUUGAUGUUUGCUUCUGCAUCAACUAUCCCCAGGAUUGCUUUGGAGAACCAGCAAAAAUGGAACUGUGGAUGCCGAAGCCUGAGCAUGUGCUCUUUUUCUCUUUGGGUAUUUGUUAGUGUAGCUUCGUCAAAAUGAGAUUUCACCGACUAUUUAUUCUGUUAACAGUUUUGAAGCUGUGAUUUUCCCACAUAGCGACCUUUUUGUGCCUGCUGACAUGAUCUUUGUUCAUCAUUUUUGGUAUAAUUUAGUAGAACUUUGCCCCCACCUUAAAA